AUGACGGACGCGCGCAAGCUGGUGGAGGAGUUUCGUCGGUCGGGAAAGUUCGAUGAGAUGCGACGCGAUGCCCUGGCCAAAUUCAAACAGUCUGAUCUACACGGCGACAUUCGACAGCAGAUCCAGGAGAUCGUGGACAAGGAAAUCGAGAGCCAACCGCAGGUCCUGUCACGAGGACGAGGCAAGAGCGCGGCACUGAUCGAGGGAGCCAUCAACAGAAACAGCGGCAAAGAUUCAGUCUACACCAAAGUCGAUGGCUAUGUUGAUGGAGCUAUUGAUCAAAGCCUGGAAAAGAAAAUCCAGGACGCGUUGCAAGGUAUGGUUGGUGGAGAGGAAAAGACUGAGACUAAGACUGAGACCAAGGCUGAGAUCCAGGACCACUCUGUGUCCGAGUUUCCCGCUGCCAAAACAGAAAAUGCCGCCGAAUCCAAACCCUCGAAUGAGCCUCUCGCUGAUACCAAGCCUGAACCCUCCGCUGACGUAUCCAUGACAGAGUAG